GACCAAUCUUUGCCUUAUUUGUUUGGCUGUCCGGAUGACAAUGCGGGAUGACUCCUGAAAUUCCGUUAUUGCUUCGGCUUGAGGGUACUUGCUGUAGACUGAUAUACACAUCUUUUCGAGUACAUUAACGUUUAUACUUUGCUGUGUUGACCGACCGCAUCUAGUUCUUCCUCGCCACCUCGAUUUUCAAUGCCAACGCAGACACCUUAGUCGCACCUGCUCUGUUGCGAAUUCAGCAAGUCAGCUGCGCGGCGGCUAGUGACUUCCAGCGCUGCUGCCGGCCCAGCCCGCAAAGCGCCAGCUGAGCAACAAAUGGCUUUUCUUCAGCGACUAGGCUCUGGUAUUAGGGAUGGUUUGUCGUCGUUGCUAGGCGGCAAAGACGAGGGCAAGAAGCACGAAGUGGGCAAUGCGUCCCCGCAGAGGACGCUCGCAAAAAUCAGCAGCCGUGGAAAUCGACCUUCUUCCGCGGCAGUGGGGAUUCUAGAGAGCCACACGCGCGAAGCCAUCGCCACCUACGUGCAGGCGAAGUUUGACAAGGGCGAGGCGAAGCCGCACAUGUUCACGCAGUUCUGGCUGCAAUUCCCCAAGCUGGAGGCGGGGUUUGAGGUGCUGCGGCGUCAACUGGAGGCGCACACGGGCAGCCGCGACGGGCCGCUGCCGCUGGCGCUGCUGCGGACGCAUGCCUCCGACUUUGGGCUGCCGGCGAGCUGCGCCGUGGUGCAGGACCUGUGCAGCAAGUCGGCUGUGCACAAGUGCCGCGACCUCGACUUUGUGGGCCUGGUGAUGCUGUUGCUGGUGGCGCACCUGACGGAGCCGGCCGCCACCUGCGCCAGCCUGCCGGAGGACGUGCGCACCAUGCUGGACUGCCUGGAGCUGGCGUUCACGCACUUCAACAGCGCGCGCCGGGGCAAGCUGGACAAGCGCGAGGUGGCUGAGGCGCUCCAGUACGAGAGCGCCAAGGCGCACAUCAAGGAGGGCCGCGGCGGCCGCACCAGCAACCGCCUGGCGCACAGGCUGUUCGAGGGGCUGGACUGGGAGUACGACAACACCAUUUCGUUCGAGAACUUCCUGCGGGGCAUCCUGCAGCUGAUCUCGGAUGAGUUCGGGGACGACGACGGCGACAAUGGCGACGAGUACGUGGUGCUGACGGAGACGGGCGAGGCCCCGCCGGACGGCGCCAAGCGCAGCGGCAGCGUGCCCACGACACCGGGAGGCACGGCAUCAGGAGGGUCGCCAGGAGCGGCGGGGCAACCGGGCACACCGGGGCGGGUGUGGGGUGCGAGCGCGAGCGGCAUGGGCGGGGCCGCGGCGCCAGCCAAUGUCGCGUAAGGGAGUGUCCGUGCAUGUGUGCGUCUAAGAGAGCCCGAGGGGUAGAUGGGUGUCGAGGGAUGCGGGUCUGACAUGUCGUGGCUAACGAGAGCAAUGCAAUUUGCGGUUGUGAGGCUGACCCCGCCUGGAAUGAGCUGACAUGAAGAGUGACGUGGGUUGAGAGCAGAUGCAUUGUGGAGGAACACGGUGAUGCCGAUGGCAUACCGGUAUUCUUAUUACGCGUAGUGGCUUGCUGGCCCAUUCGUUCCGGGGAAUUUCAGCUGAAUGGGCUGGUCUUGACUGAUGAGUGCAGCAUGGGUGAGUGCUGUCCGUUGUUACCGCCUGCUUGCAGCUCAGGCCUGUAGGUGCUUGGACUCAAGUGUGUCAGCGAGUGUGCAGCAUGUCUCCUUUGCGACUGCUGACGCGCUUGGCGGUCAUACUGGACGGCACAGGCAUUGCGUAUGUUGCUGACAAUCCUUUUGGACUGGUCCGCAAGCACGCAGCAUGUGCGCUUGAUACAGUGUAUCAAGCCAGGAUUGUCCGCCUGUGCUAAUUUUAACACCGCGUGCUAGCAUGCGCUACAUCAGACAACCGACUUACGGUAUGGGAAGGGCGUGACGGUUGGGAAUCAUGCUGUACUGGAAGAAGGCGACCUGCGAAGGUCUCACGCAUGCAUGCAUGCAAAGGGUUCUAAAGGAUUCUGUCGCUGCCUUAGGUUGGAGAUGAAUUGUCUGUUGGUGCACCUGGUGCACAAAUGUCAUCAUAUCAUGGUCUGCUUCUCAAUUAGCCGGUGUUCAAGUGGGAAUUGAAGUCAGACCCGUAGAAAUCCAAGGUCC